AGUACGACCUAUCUUGCACUUGCUACUUCCUUUUCCGGCUACAAGUGGGCCCCAAAGCCGAAGCUAUCUUUGGUAGUGAAGUUUCGGACUUCAAAACUACCUAAAAAUGGGUUUUGUGAAAGUUGUGAAGAACAAAGCUUAUUUCAAGCGUUAUCAAGUCAAGUUCAGAAGGAGGAGAGAGGGCAGGACAGAUUUUUAUGCAAGAAAACGCCUUGUUAUCCAAGAGAAGAAUAAAUACAACACUCCUAAGUAUAGAAUGAUUGUCAGAUUUACCAACAAAGAUAUCAUUUGUCAGAUAGCGUACGCUCGUAUUGAAGGGGAUAUCAUCAUCUGUGCUGCCUAUGCACAUGAGCUUCCCCGAUAUGGCGUCAAGGUCGGGCUUACUAAUUAUGCAGCUGCAUAUUGUACAGGACUCCUGUUGGCCAGAAGACUUCUGCAAAAACUGAAGUUGGAUUCUAUCUAUGAAGGCCAGAAGGAAGUGGAUGGAGAACAGUUCAAUGUGGAGGAUAUUGAUGACCAGCCAGGUGCCUUCAGGUGUUACCUGGAUGUCGGCCUGGUUCGCACCACCACAGGUGCCCGUGUGUUUGGUGCCAUGAAAGGAGCUGCUGAUGGUGGUUUAGAUAUCCCUCACAGUACCAAGAGAUUCCCUGGGUAUGACAGUGAGAGUGGGGAGUUCAGUGCCGAGGUGCACAGGAACCACAUCUUUGGCCAGCACGUGGCCAACUACAUGAGGAGCUUACAGGAGGAGGACGAUGAUGCUUACAAGAGACAGUUCUCCCAAUUCAUCAAAAAUAAAAUCACAGCCGACAGUCUGGAGGGUAUGUACAAGAAAUGUCAUGCUGCUAUUCGAGCUGACCCAUCACCAAAAGCAAAGAAGGAAAAGAAAGAUGUCAAGGUCAAGAGAUGGAAUCGUGCCAAGAUUUCCCUGAAACAGAGGAAGGACCGCAUCAAACAGAAGAAGGCUUCAUUCUUACAACAAUUGGAGGAAGAGGACGACGAAUAAACUUAUAUGGACUUGCAUAAAUAAAAUCUGCUUGCCCA